CUCUCUCUCUUUUUUAUCCCCAUCCAAACUUGAGGCUGUGGCUAAAGUUAGAUUGGCCGGUGCUGGGGUAUAUAAGCCCCCGGGGAUGUACGUAUAACGCGGCUUCACAAGGUCUUCUCCUUCUUGAUCAUCCUAACCCCAGCUCUUACCGUCUCAAGAUGGCACCAAAGAAGGCAAAGAGGAGGGCAGCAGCAGCCGAUGGCGGCUCCUCCAACGUGUUCUCCAUGUUUGAGCAGAGCCAGAUUCAGGAGUACAAAGAGGCUUUCACAAUCAUUGACCAGAACAGAGAUGGUAUCAUCAGCAAAGAUGAUCUGAGGGACGUGCUGGCUUCAAUGGGCCAGUUGAACGUGAAGAAUGAGGAGCUGGAGGCCAUGAUCAAGGAGGCCAGCGGCCCCAUCAACUUCACCGUCUUCCUCACCAUGUUCGGCGAGAAGCUGAAGGGUUCUGACCCCGAGGACGUCAUUCUGGCCGCCUUCAAGGUCCUGGACCCCGAGGGUACCGGAUCCAUCAAGAAGGAUUUCCUUGAGGAGCUUCUGACCACUCAGUGCGACAGGUUCAACAAGGAUGAUAUUAAGAACAUGUGGGCCGCCUUCCCCCCAGAUGUCGCCGGCAACGUAGACUACAAGAACAUCUGCUACGUCAUCACACACGGAGAGGAGAAGGAGGAGUAAAGAGAGACUAGAAGACGCAAAAAAAUACAGCAAUCCCUCUGCUAUUCUGCCUUCCCUGUCCUUUCUUUCCUACUCUUCCCACUCACCCUUUGUGUAACCUCGUGUGCUCGGCCGCUCACACCAAAGACUUGUCCCACGUGAGAGGUUCGAUGCCCAUGAUGUGUCUAUGUUUGCUUAUGGGGAAUAAGGGUGAUUUUCAAUAAAAUUAUCCUGUAACAUCAUUUCCAUCAACAAGCUUCUCUCACAAACCUUUUUCUUUCCUUGCAACCAUUCUUCUGUCUUCCCACCUCUUCAUGUCUGCCUGCCCUGUCACUUCAUCCUGAGGUGUCUGUGAGAAUGAAAUGUCUCUCUGCUCCCCUCGGUAUCUGAGGAGAGAGGAGGUUUACAAAAGUCUGGGGACCUCAUUCCAAAUUCUGAAGAUGUCCUCCUGGGUGCUGGAGGUGGGGGGAGGGAGAGCGUUUGCAGGUUAAGAGAGGACAAAAGUCGCCUCCUGAAAGUGAUGACAACUUUUGUCCUCUAAAAAGGUGAAAGAAAUGAAAGGAGGAGAGGAGAGAAAGGAUCGAAAGAAAACAUUCAAAUCUUCGAUGUCUUUCCCUCCGCUCCUUCCACGAUUCGUAAAAUCCUCUUUUUGUCCAUAAGCUGUCUCGACUUCAGUAACUGGAAUCUUCCUCACCUUUCCUCUGUAAUGAAUAAAAGGGACGAACUGUGAAUAAAAUCUCUUUCCUUUUGUAAAA